AUGGACGAACCCCGUGGUUCGACCGAGACGUCUCUGCCACCCUACGACGCCGUCUCGCAGCCGUAUCAGGAGGUGUGCCCCCCAACGACUCUCAUCAUAGCAGGCCAGUCGAUCCACGCUCUAACGGCAGAUUCGCCGCCGCUUUAUCAUCUCAGUCUUGGUAUUUCAAACCUUUCGGAUAUCACCACAGAGGUAGAGCUCUCGCGCGUUGAGCCGAAUAAAGAUGGCUCGGGACGCCAACGCCAUAUAUAUGACUUGCGAUAUAUGCGCUCGGGACCUGGUGGCUACGUGAAGCUGCCGUCCGACUCGCCUCACUACUUUAUCGAGCGUGCAAGCCGUCGCGUCCCGGGCCUUCAGGAUCUGGGCCUCAAGAAGAGCCGCUUGCUGGGAAAGGCAUGUACGACUGUUCUGCCCGUUGACAUAAGAGGCAAGACCAGCAAGUACAGCAUACCCAACUUUGUCAAGGACAGCGCCCCCGUGUUCAGUAUCAACAAAGAUAGGUGGGCGGAUGCGCAAGGGGCUCCGAUUGCCUCCAUGCAUGAUACCACCGAGCACAGCCUGAUCGUCACGGCGGCCCUGCCGCGCGCCCAGUUCGACAUGCUCGUAGCACUGUGGUGCUGUAAGGUAUGGGAGUCUGGAGUUGCUAAUGCCGAAAAGGUGCACGAGGGGAUCGACGGAGGUGAGUAA